AUGCAGCCCUUCGAGGUAUGUAGCACCCCGCGGCUGCGGAGACGAGCGAGUGGGCGGGCCUGGCGGCCCGCGGCCGCGGGCUGCGCCGCCGGUGGAGCCGGCGUGGGGCCCCUCGUGGCCAGCUGGCGGGCCUCCCCGGGCGGAGGCGCCGGGCCGCGCCGGGGGCGCCCCGCGGGGGACCUCUCCGUGGCGGGCAUCCGGGAGCUGAUGCGGCGGCGGGCGGACGAGAAGAGGCGCAGCGGCAGGGCCGCCGAGCCGGCCCUGGGGCCCGUCUUCAAGGCCAUCCUCAGGGCGGGCCUCGGCGAGUCGGGCCUGGUCCACAACCUGCAGGUGCAGCAGAGCCUCCGCCACGCGUCGACGGUGUCUGUGCUCCUCUCCGGGGCCUCAGGGAUGUUCGCGUGGUUCUGCGGCACCCCGAGGGCCUGCGGCCUGCUGCGGAGCCUCCUGUUUCGCCGCCAUGGGGGGCACCACGCGCGUCGCGGGUGGCGGCCGCCUCCGCGGUGCUCGGCCUCGUCGGCGCCGGCGGCUGGCUCGUCCUCGCGCUCGCGCUCCACUGGCAGAGCCGGCGCGCCGCGGCCCUGCCGCCGACGCGCGGCGAGGUCCGGGCCGUCGACCCCCUGGAGGAGAGCUGCUGCUCAUGUCGGGGGAGGGGCCGCCGCCCGCCCGCGGCGCCGCCGCGGAGCCCGCGCCGGCCGCCCGCGGGGCCGCGCGCCCGCCCGAGCCGGAGAGCGAGGUGUCCCCGGAGACGGGCAGCGCGUCGGAGGACGAGACCGCCGCGCUGGACUGAGCCAUCGGCGCCUCCGGGCCGAUAGGCCAAACAUCGAAGAGGAGGAAGGACAAGAGAAGUAAACAACAAUACAGCGCACAUUUGUCCCACCCAUCCUGUGGUGCUGGCUCGUCGGUUUGAAGAGACGGCGCCCCGCGCCCUUCCUCUUCUUCUCCUCUCAUCCUCUCUUCCCGUCUGCCUUCUCAGAAGGCGGCCUUCCCCGCGCCGCCCUCGUCGCGCGCGCCGCGAAGCAGUGAGCUCCCGAGCCGAUCGUUUUAGCAGUUGCCGCGGCAGUUCCGUGACGACAGUCAACAGCCAAAGGGUGCGCCAGAAAAAAAAAACAUCGGCAUCCACAGGCGGGGCUGGACGUGGACUCGGCGGGAGAAUUCGGAGGCUCGACGGGGCAAUGCUCCCGGAUCUUUUAAAUAGGCGAGCCCGGCUGCGCUUCCAGCGACUGCCUGCGCCCCGCGCGCUCCAAGAGACAGCGCCGCCUUCUCCGCCAAGGCGGUUUGUGGCCGGGUUCGCGGUCGGCGGCGACUGGCCCGAUUUCACAAGAACCAAA